AUGGCGUCCUUUGACUCGCAUGAUACUCCCAGACCGGUGGUACGUGCGAUAAGAAUACAAUCUGGAUGUAAAACGGUCCCAAGGUUUAUACAUAAAAUAGGUUCGCAAACAGGACAGCUGCUCGAAACCUAUCAAAAGGAACGGCUUUUUCGCGGCAAGUUGUUAACCGGCGUGGAAAAUGCUUAUGGACAUAGCAAGCCAAGUUAUCGUUUAUCGGAGGUCCGUCUUCUUCAUUUCGGGUCUCAAUUAAUUGCUAAUCUUGGCUUGAAGAAGAGGUAG